GCAACACUUGGCAAGGACUGGCGCUAGGGGCACGUCAGCGCUCCCACUUCCUCCCGACGCAGUCCGCGAUUGGCUCCUGGGCAUAUAAGAAACAAGCGAAGGAGCCUCUUGCCGCUGGCAGAAACUUGUCGGAGGUGCUCAGGUGGCGUCGACCCUUCUCCCUGGUGGACCUGCGGGCCUGGCGUGCCGGGGGAGGAUGAGGUCGUCCUGCGUGCUGCUCGCCGCCCUGGUGGCCCUGGCCGCCUACUACGUCUACAUCCCGCUGCCCGGAGCCGUGUCCGACCCCUGGAAGCUGAUGCUGCUGGACGCGACUUUUCGGGGCGCACAGCAAGUGAGUGACCUGAUACACUACCUGGGGCUGAGCCACCACCUGAUCGCGCUGAAUUUUAUCAUCAUCACUUUCGGCAAGAAAGGCGCCUGGUCGUCGGCCCACGUGAAGGUGACGGACACCGACUUUGAUGGUGUGGAAGUCAGAGUGUUCGAAGGCUCUCUCAAGCCGGGAGAGUCCCUGAAACGUGGCCUCGUCUUCAUCCACGGCGGAGGCUGGGCUUUGGCCAGCGCAAGAAUCAGAUAUUACGAUGAGCUGUGUGCGGCCGUGGCGGAGGAAUUGAAUGCUGUUGUGGUCUCCAUUGAAUAUAGGCUGGUUCCCAAGGUGUAUUUUCCGGAGCAGAUCCACGACAUAGCCCGCGCCACCAAGUAUUUCCUGCAGCCCAAAGUCCUACAGAAGUACAUGGUUGAUCCAGCCAGAAUCGGCAUUUCUGGUGACAGCGCUGGUGGGAAUUUGGCUGCUGCCCUGGGACAACAGUUUGUUCAAGAUGCCAACCUGAAACCUAAGAUCAAACUGCAAGCUUUAAUUUAUCCGGUCCUACAAGCAUUGGAUUUCAACACACCCUCUUAUCAACAAAAUUCACACACCCCAAUCCUGCCCCGCUAUGUCAUGGUCAAGUAUUGGGUGGACUACUUCAAAGGCAACUAUGACUUUGUGCAAGCGAUGAUCGUCAACAAUCACACGUCUCUGGAUGUGGAAGAGGCUGCUGCCCUCAGGGCCCGGCUAAACUGGACGUCCCUCCUGCCCGCUUCCAUCACCAAGCACUACAAGCCUGUUGUGCCCACCACGGGCAAUGCCAGGAUCAUCCAGGAGAUUCCUCAGUUGCUGGAUGCCCGGUCAGCCCCGCUCAUUGCCGAUCAGGAAGUGCUGCAGCUUCUCCCCAAGACCUACAUCCUGACCUGCGAGCAUGACGUCUUGAGGGACGACGGGCUCAUGUACGCCAAGCGCUUGGAGAGCGCAGGCGUGGAUGUGACCCUUGACCACUUUGAGGAUGGCUUCCACGGCUGCAUGAUCUUCACCAGCUGGCCCACCGACUUCUCCGUGGGCAUCCGGACCAGAAACAGCUUCAUCAAGUGGCUGGAUCAGAACUUGUGAAGAUGGGGCAACUUAGGGGAGGCUCCAGCCCUUCUCCAUCCCCACGCCUGCUUUGGCAAGAUGUGCCCCCUUUCUGUUGACUUUUCUCUGCCACCUGGCUGCUGUGACCUCCUGAGUUUCAGCAUCUGUGCUGCCUGUGGAUGAACUGGAGUAACUUACAUGCAAACACGUCAUACUCAGCUCCCAGCCUGGGUUGCCCUUUCUGUUCUUGUUAUUGCAUCCGACUUGUGCAGGAAACCAGACCAGGAGCUGGGAGCCGCUUCUGUCCCUGCCUCCCUCAAGCUGUGUGUUUCAGGAGAAAUUCUUCCAGCUGUGGAUGAAGCACUGCCCUUUGACGUGUUGAGAGAACAUGGGCUCUGCAUGAACCUGUCAGAGUUUACCU